AUGAUGGCAUCAUCAGCAUUGUUCACUGCUUCACGCAGUCAGACACUCACCUACCUCUUAGCGGUGUGCCCCUUCUCCAUCGCCUUCCUAGUCUUCAUCAACUCAUCCAUCUCCUUCGUGGUAACCAAUCUGAUUGGGCUUCAACAUGGAGAGGGAGAUGCCGUCGGAACUCUAGGGUUUGCAGAUGAACUGCUUGCGCUGGUCGCCUGCCCACUCUGGGGCGUUCUCUCAGAUCGAAUCGGUGUUCGACAUGUUUGUACAGCGGGCUACGCUAUUUUAGCGCUUGCGCUAGUCGUAUUGGUACAGGCCACAAACAUCUACCCCCAGCUUCUACUGGGCAGGUUACUUUUCAGCGUCGGUGGCUCUGCUGUGUCGACUAUGGUCACUGCAGUCCUACCGACUGUCACUGGCAAAGCCAAUCCUCAGGCAAACCGUGAAUCGGUUUGUUCAGAGUUGACCAUCACGCCGGAGCGAGUCAGGAACGGCCACAAUGUCUCUGGAACGAGCGCAUCCCCGUCUGCUCGACUCUCUGGGUUUGUUGGUACAUGUGCCGGCUGUGGUGCACUUGUGGCAUUGAGUGUGUUCCUACCGCUCGCAGCACGAUUUGAAAAGAAUGGACUUUCUCCUGCGCAGGCGAUCCAACGCAGUUAUUAUGUAGUCGCUGCUGUCGCUCUUGCGAUCAGCUUCGUUUGUUUUAUUGGACUGCGCGAUCUCCCUGGCGAAAAGGGCAAAAGCUGGAGUGCGUUGUGGAAGUCUGAUUCAUGUGAAGAUGACGAGGACGACGAUUCAUUUGUCGAGUACCCCAAAAUGUCCUAUUGGAAGCAACUAACGACCGCCUUGACGUUGGGCUUCCGGAACCGCUGCAUUGGGCUGGGCUAUGUUGGAGGCUUUGUGGCGCGCGCUUCAUCGGUCGGGAUAUCAUUGUUCAUCCCCCUCGCUGUCAACCAUUAUUACCGGGCGUCGGGUCUCUGCCACGAAGAUCGUGAGCCUGCACCUGGUUCUGGGCUGGGAGACAUCAAAAAAGCAUGUCCACGUGCAUACAUCGUCGCGUCCAUAUUGACUGGGUCCUCACAGCUGGUUGCAUUGCUUGCAGCGCCAGCAUUCGGAUACCUGACCGACAAGUCGCGCCGAUACAAUUUCCCACUUUUGUUUGCCGCAUUGGUAGGAGUCAUCGGUUACGUUCUCUUCGCAUGUCUCCCAAACCCUCAAUUCGAAAAACCCGACGGCAGCCUUUGGGUGUUUGUGGUGAUGGCUCUGCUCGGGAUUAGCCAGAUUGGAGCCAUUGUGUGUAGCUUGGCAGUGCUGAGCAACGGAAUCUUGCGGGUCAGCAUCGAUGACGAGGCACUAAGAAAGUUAUACGAAGAGCGACGUGCCAACGGGGACGAGAACGAGCCCGACGAGGGCCAGUCUCUUCUGGGCGGGUCCGUCAACCGGAGAUUAGAGCAUCUGUCCCACCUUAAAGGCUCCAUUGCCGGGGUUUACUCCUUGUACGGUGGGGUGGGAAUCUUACUGCUGACGAAAGUGGGUGGGCUGCUUUUUGAUGUGCUAUCAUCCAGCACCCCAUUUUUUAUCAUGGCCGGUUUCAAUGGGAUCUUGCUCGCCACGGGGAUUCUUUGUGGGAGUAUGAAUCAUUUCGGGUUUGGGCUUUAUUAG